CACAGACGCGAGGUUUGUUUUGUCAAGUUCUCUCACGAUGGGAGCCGGCUCGUUGCUGGUGGAGAUUUCUACUGCGUUGUUAUUUGGGACCUAGCUUUCCAAAUGGCGCUGUUCAAACUCAAAGGCCACAAGCAGGCAGUGAGCUGCGCGGCAUGGUCACCAGAUGAUAGUAUGGUGGUUACCACCAGUCUUGACCGCACAGCAAAGUUGUGGGAUGCCGAUGUGAGUAGAAGCAAGCCCGGCGGCCUAUCGUGA